ACGUGCGCUGGUCACACAGUGAUAUGAACGUUCAUUACAUGACUACAUCACGUAGCAACCCACGUUUUUUUAUAUUUUCUCAGGUUUUUGAGUGUGUGGAGCGCACUGAUAAUAUUUUUGAAUUGAAGCCGAAUUGGCAGGAGAAAGUGCAGAUAUCAGCUUGGGUUGAGUUUUGGUCUCGUGAGGGCUACGUAUUACUUGAACAAAAGUGGCAUAAAUUGCACCCCAGCUAUGAGGAUCAAAUUGGAAAAGCUACACCAGAAGAGUCCACGUACUGGCAAGAGCUAUGGGAACAGCACUCACUCGAUAUAAACGCACAUUUCUGGCGUAUAUUCAAAUGCGCCUUUGAAAACUACGAAAAUGAUUUCCGUCAAGGCCUAGGAGCAGAUAUAAAUAUAUCGAAUGUGGAUAAACAGCUCGCUGAGUUAAAUAUUAAUGCAGAAAUUAGCCAAAAUUCCUUGACUACCAACGAAAAUUCGGACAAAUUGGACGAGAGGCAGCAGUUAAUGGAUCUUGGCUUGCCUACAUCGUUUGGAUCUCUAGCUAAAAGGCGACGCCGGUCAAAAGCUCAACAUAUAAGUGAAUCUGAGAGUGAUAGCGAAAACAUGGCCAAUCACACAGAUGACGCACUGCACGGAGUGCAAAGCCGUGUCAUUAAGAAAAAGAAGAAGCGCCCUAAUUUAGAUAUUAUACCUGAGUUUAUGCGAGACGACGGCAUGAUGCACAGAUAUUGGGUUAAGCGCUUCUCACUGUUCUCACGAUUUGAUGAAGGCGUACGCUUAGAUCGCGAGAGCUGGUUCUCAGUGACACCCGAAAAAAUUGCCGUACAGACGGCACGUCGCUUAGCCUGCGAUAUAAUUGUCGAUGCUUUUUGCGGCUGCGGCGGCAAUGCCAUACAAUUUGCCAUGACAUGCAGCCGCGUCAUUGCCAUUGACAUUGAUGCCGAUAAGUUGGAAAUGGCCAAGCACAAUGCUACUAUUUAUGGAGUAGCGCACAAAAUCGAAUUUAUACAUGCAGAUUUUCUGCAAUUUGCCAGCAGCACAAACUUACGUCCUGAUGUUGUAUUUCUUAGUCCACCGUGGGGUGGACCAAAUUACAAAAAGCGUAGCAAUUUUAAUAUUGAGACAAGUCUAUUGCCUGUUGGCGCCUCAGAGCUUAUGCAACAUGCGCGACGCCUAACAGAUAACAUUGGAUUUUUUCUGCCGCGUAACUCACUUUCACCCCAGGUGAUUGCGCUGGCUGGCGUGGGACAACAAUGCGAGGUGGAGUACAAUUAUUUGGAUACGCGCUUGGUUGCCAUAACAUCAUAUUAUGGAUAUUUGAUACAACAAGAUUCCACAGCCGCAGAUUCAGAUUCUUAAACGAAAUAGACCUCGAUUUAUUAUGGUCUCCUUCACAAUUAGGUAUCUUUUACUUAUUUUUAGUCUAGUCUAAUUGCUUAGUUGCUUUACAUUCUUUUUAUGCUUGUAUCAUAUGCAUUUUGUAAAAAAGUAAAAUUAAGGACUGCUUAACUCAUGUUUACGGUGAAACUAGUUUCUAAUUGAUUAUUAUGUACUAUUUUGGCAUUUUAUUUAUGCUCUCAGCAUAAGAUUAAGCAUAAGUUCACACUGUAACCACUUUGAUAUCAAAGA